CUCCAAGCCUGCAUAAACUGUGAUUUUCAAUCCAACGACAAUCCAAUUGGUUUUUUUUUAAUACCUAAAAGAUUUGGAUGAGAUACGUAUAGAUAUGUGUGGCUCAUCGGUUUCCACGACUGCCCACAACACAUAGCCGAGCCAAGCACUUUGGAGGCAAGCUUCCUGUGAAAACCCCACCAACACAUCCAAAAACCCCAUGCUUACCACCUUUUGAAAUUUUAGCUUAAACCCAGUGCUCCUUUGAUCUCCUCCCUCUUGAUCGAAUCACAAGUUCGAUUCAAUGUCGUCCAUGUCUAGAUUUUCUGUAAAGGAUUUCAAGUUAAGAACAUGUGACGCUUUCUGCAGGCCAAGCUCUUCUCUAUCUGCAAGGAGGCUGCAAACUCAUCUGGAUCUUUCUGUGCCUGAGAAUGGAAGAAGUUGUGCAAUCCAAAGCAAGCCAUGGAGUCCCAUCGUUUUGCAAUCCAAAUCAAGGAACUCUGAAGUUUUGUGCAAGGCUACAAGAAAUUUAUCUGGAGAUCUUCCCGGUAGCACUUCUAGUGGGAUGAGCCAGUACGAGAGAAUAAUUGAAACUUUGACAACUCUAUUUCCUGUGUGGGUCAUAUUGGGCACCAUCCUGGGGAUCUACAAGCCAUCUGCUGUAACUUGGUUGGAGACAGACCUUUUCACACUUGGACUGGGUUUCCUCAUGCUUUCUAUGGGUUUGACAUUGACCUUCGAGGAUUUUAGACGAUGUUUACGUAAUCCUUGGACUGUGGGUGUAGGAUUUCUUGCACAGUACAUGAUAAAACCUCUGCUAGGCUUUGUCAUUGCCCUGACGCUAAAACUUUCUGCACCUAUUGCGACUGGUCUUAUCUUGGUCUCAUGCUGUCCUGGUGGUCAGGCGUCAAAUGUUGCAACUUAUAUAUCUAAAGGAAAUGUUGCACUUUCUGUUCUCAUGACAACGUGUUCAACAAUAGGAGCUAUUAUUAUGACACCGCUUCUUACCAAGCUUCUUGCUGGCCAGCUUGUUCCAGUUGAUGCUGCGGGCCUAGCAAUCAGCACUUUCCAGGUUGUUUUAAUGCCAACAAUUGUUGGAGUACUGGCAAAUGAGUUCUUCCCCAAAGUCACUUCAAAAAUAGCCUCAGUGACUCCUUUAAUUGGAGUAAUUCUCACCACUCUACUCUGUGCAAGCCCGAUCGGGCAAGUUUCUGAAGUCUUGAAAACACAAGGAGCACAACUAAUACUCCCGGUGGCUGUUCUACAUGGUGCUGCAUUUGCUAUUGGUUAUUUUGUUUCAAAAAUAUCAUUUGGUGAAUCUACUUCUCGUACCAUAUCCAUAGAGUGUGGGAUGCAGAGCUCAGCACUUGGGUUUUUACUUGCUCAAAAGCAUUUUACAAACCCUCUUGUAGCUGUCCCUUCAGCUGUUAGUGUUGUUUGCAUGGCGCUCGGUGGGAGUGCUCUUGCUGUGUUUUGGAGAAACACACCAGUUCCUGUUGAUGACAGGGAUGAUUUCAAAGAAUAAUUGGAGAAAUCAUGGCCUUCUUUUUUGUCUUUUUUGUCUUUUUUGUCUUGGUACCCUUUCUUUCUAUAAUAAUUGCUUGUUAGAGAGAGAUGGUUAACUUUUUUUUAUUAGAAAGUCAUAUUUGCAUCA